UUUGACAACUAACAAAGUUCUAACCUCAAAACUCCGAUGCCUCUGAUCUCCUGCGACGGCGCUCCGCCGCCACUCUUAAUGGUGGUGGAAUAUCUCGAAUCUUCCAUGUCGAAUGACCUCCUCUACAAGUUCCCCGACAACUCCGCCUUCGAUUUCAACUACGCCCAGAGCUCCAUUUGGUCCCCUCUCCUCCCCCGCGCCGCGCCGCCAGGCAGCGACGGCGGCGUUGUUUCAAGAAAGCUCACUUAUGAAGAAGUGGGCUUGCUUGAAAACACCAAGAAAAUUGCUGGGAAAAUCAAGAGGAAGUUCACCGAUGCUGUGCUUAACAAUGUGAGCAGAUGCAUCAAGAUGAAGAGGCGGAGGCGGAGGUCUUUCAGGUUUUCUCCGGUGGCCCCGCCGCGGCGCCACCCCUCACCUAGUCCCAAGGGAUUGGCUAAAGUGAUGAAGGGUGCAGCUAAUCAUUUUAAGAAGAGAAUGAAGAAAAGUUCGAAUUUGGAUUUCGAUCAUUCAUAAUUUAUUGUGUUAUUCUUGAAUCUUGAUCUUACUCAGAUCAUUUUUUUUCUCAGUUGUAUUUUGGUACUAUUACACUAUUAUUUUAAAUUGUGAUAUGUCAUACAAAUAUUUUAUUUAAUGUAGUAGUUUCAAAUUUAACUA